AUGUUACUAUUAGCUUUAAAGAGCCUUUUCUUCGUGGCCGCCAUCAUGGCCUACAGCACCGGAGUCUGGCGGCUGAUCAACGACUACUUCCGGCAGGAAUUUCGGACUUUCCUAGACGAGGAAGUGAAGAAGAACAAAUACUUGAUGGUUGAUCCAGGAAUUACACCACUGCCUUCGCCAUCGCAAAUCAUCUCGGAAGGUGAAGUUCGCAAGGCCCAGCAUGGAUCGAUUCCGGCGAACCGACUGUUGGACCAGAUGAUUCUGAACUUCGGCCGGUUGUUCAGCGCCGGAAAUGAACCGAGUCAUGCCAGGGCAUACACUUCGGCACAACCGACACCGACAAAUGAAAUUAUAACGACGUCAACUUCGACAGACGAACCGGCGGCGGCGGCAUCUUCCCAGCCGGUGACGGACCGAAUCGGAACCAGCUUAGGUCCGGAAAGUCCCACCCAGGACGGAGCAACCGUAAUUGAAAGUGAUAAGUUUUUGAGAAGUUCUUCGCCCGAACGGGAGGACAAUAAAUCGGAUGGGAACGGUGGUGAUGACGAUGCAAAUGCGGAUGACGACGUCGAUGGUGAUGACGAUGAAGAAAAGUGGAUUAAGUACUGGAAAAAUAGCCAAAGACGGGGACAGCUGCCGGAGACCGUGGGUAGUGGGGGUGGCGAUGGGGACGGUCACUGUGAAGCCAAGCCAGUGGACGCUUGUGGAACAUGAUGCCAAGACAGGACUAUAAGGAAACAUUGGUGGAGGGGAGGGUCAGUGUUUGUGGGGUUGCUAAAUGGGAUAAAGUUUUAUCGAGUGCAUAAUCGAGUGGUGCGAUGAUUGAAAUGGGGACACCCGGGGACAACUGUUUCGGAGAACGGGUGGAACAGCUAAGGAAAAGUUUUAUUGCGUCGAGUGGAUAGAGCGAGCUGCUGCAGGCUGCAUUCAAUUAGCAAGACCGGUAGUGUGUGAAACCAAUAAAUGGCACGUGCAAUGUUGCUUUGUGGGAGACCGAUUUGUUUAAAGUUGUUUUUACUAGAUAUAAGCACUAUUGAUAGCAGUUAGAGAGGGGCACGACAUAGAAAGUAAACAUUUAGAAUAGUUUGUUUAAA